GGAAGAAGAUGGUAUAGAAGCCUGCGAUGCGAAGCUACUGAUAGGGAAAGAUAAAAGCAAAACCCAGAAAUCAGCAGAAAGGAAGAAAAGCAAUGGAGAACAAAAUCAAUGUGAAUCCGGAGACAGAAACCCUAAUCAACACAUUCUGCGAGAUCACUUCCUCUACCAAUCCUCAUGAAGCUCUCUUCUACCUCGAAAGCCACAACUUCGACAUGGAAACCGCCGUCACCACCUCCAUCGAAACCAAUCCUUCCGACCCCGUCUCCGCCGCAGGUGACCCACAGUCUCCUACUGAAUCCGACGACCCCUCUUCGAAUCCGUCUCGCUCUCGGACCCCUUCUCCCGAUCGUAGCUCCCAACAGCCUCACCCUUCUUCUAGCCCUUACAAUCUCCGCUCUUCCAAACCUAAGAACGCUUCACAGGCUGGCGGCAGCGGUACUGGCCGGAGGAGUGGCCGAAUUCACACUUUCUCUGAUCUGAAUCGUCAAGGCGCGCAAGGAUCCGGGAGCGACUCCGAUAAUCCUCAGGAGUAUUAUACUGGAGGAGAAAAGAGUGGGAUGCUUGUGCAGGAUCCAUCUAAAAUGAAUGAUGUGGACGCACUAUUUAGGCAAGCCAGACAGACUCAACCUGUAGGUGGACCUGUUGAGAACAUUCCUCCUCCAAGUUCAAGAAGCUUUGUUGGAACUGCAAGGAGACUCACUGGUGAAACUGUUGCUUCUGCUCCUCAGCCGCCUGAAGUUGUCAACCAUACUAUAACUUUCUGGAGGAAUGGGUUCACCGUAGAUGAUGGACCUCUUAGAAGGUUGGAUGACCCCGAAAAUCGACCCUUUUUGGAGAGUGUGGGGAAUUCAGAGUGUCCACUGGAACUUCAGCCACCAGAUAGGAAGACAGCUGUUCAUGUCAGCCUAAUAAGGAAAGAGGAGAACUGCCCUGCACAAGAGAAGCGGAAAACACCAUUUCACGGUGUGGGAAGAACCUUAGCUAGUAGCUCUGUCAAUGAGGACAAAAAGGUCGAGUCAAGCGAUAGGGCUCCCUCCUUCCCCACUGCCCCUGCCCCAUCCAUAGGACUCUCGGUCGAUCAAACACGACCUUCCACGUCAAUCCAGCUCAGGCUAGCUGAUGGGACCCGCAUGGUUUCCCGGUUCAACACCCACCACACGGUGAGAGAUAUUAGAGGGUUCAUCGAUGCAUCAAGGCCCGGUGCCCCAAGGACCUAUCAACUGCAGACUGUGGGGUUUCCUCCAAAACAGCUCGCCAAUCUGGAGCAGACUAUAGAGCAAGCUGGGCUGGCAAAUUCAGUCAUCGUCCAAAGAGUUUAAGCUGCUCAUUUAUUCCCAGUUUGUUUGCUCAUUAUGUUUAGCCUUAACAGUUUCAUGGUAACAUUGACUCAAGACUGUGUACUAAAUGAAACAGUCCGUUUGAGCCAUCAUCAUGGAUGAGAACUCUAUGUGGAAGCCUGAAGAUUUCAUGCCAUUCUAUUUUUGUGGAAUUAUUUUCUUUGGAAUAUUGGCAAUCUUAGGAGUAAGUUUCACCGACGAUAUCUGAACUUUAACAAAAGACUAUCAUUUUG